GCUGCUUGAUUACCGGGCAGGGAACUAACCCAGCCACUGAGGGGUUAAUUCUCAGUGCCAGUCAGGAAGUGUGACGAAAACUAACUUGGACACUCCCACUGUCUGAGGCAGAAUCAGUUUCUGUUUCCUGAGAAGUGAACACAUGCUGUGAGGAAGCCAGAUCAGAGAACAACUCAUGAAGAACGACUUCAGGACAAACUGGAAUAACCUUGUGUUUGGGAUUUUCCUUUUAGCUGCAGGCUGUAAUGUAUUUUUAGUUCUCUUUUUGGACAUUGCUGAAACUCCUGAAGCUGUUUGAGCAGUUUGUCAUGAAACGCUGGAAGGAUCUGAGCAACUAUGCACAAGUUCAUUGUUAGAAAAUAAUCAGUCCUGAAGGCAUUAAUCAUUUUAUAGACUUAAAUACAGCUCUCGUUCUCCUGGACUCUCAUUUCACUCGCUGAGAAGACGACACUCUGUGACACCCUGGACAUUGAACUGUUUAACUCUUACUGGAUAAAAGAGAUCAUCUACAAUCCUAUAGAAGAUCCUAUGAAGGAGGCAGGAUGACCAAAUUAGCAACUCUGAACGAAUUGAAGCAGCUGGAGGAGUCUGGAUUUGGUCAGUGUUAUCCAAGACAUGGCCUCAAGCUGCUUUACUGGUUUGCUAAUGACUGUGUGUAUUUUGAUAGCUACAGUAACAUGUGCUGGCAGUACGACCCAGAGGACGGAGAUUUCGGAUUUCAUCUGUUCAAAAACAGGACUGACGAUUAUGGUCAGAAACUCCUGCCUGAUGUGGACAUUGAUUACUAUGAGGUGGGCAAUCUGAGCAAAGCAGGAGCAGAUGACCUGCCAGAUUACGUUCUGGAAGAUUACAACCAAAACCCUGAUGACUGUGAGAGCAACAUGGAGCGGAUUAUAGUCAGCAUUGAUGAUGAGUGUAUUGAAAGAGUUUAUGUGACGGAACACACUGACCAGGCAGAUUUCAACAAGGAAGCCACCUACCGCAUCAGCAGGGGCCUCAUUAAGAUUAUCAGGGAUCUGACCUUAGAGGACUUCCUCUCUAAAACUGGGUAUUCUCUGCAAGAAGACUCUGAUGAAAGUUGUACAGACGAUGAUGAUGAUGAUGACGAUGAUGAUGAUGAUGAUGACGACGAUGAUGAUGAUGAUGAUGAUGAUGACGAUGACAACAGUGAUGAUGAUGAUGAUUAUUAUUAUUAUAACAUUUAAGAUAACGCUGAUUAGUGAAUGAAUUUGAGAGAAAUGAGUAAGACCAUGUAACAAUACAAUAUGGAUCCAUAUAUAUAAUGCAAUACAACAUAACCCAUGCUGCAUCAUUCAAGAUUCAAGAUUCAAAGAACUUUAUUAAUCCCAGGAGGAAAUUCCUUAAGUGAUAUGUUGGAUAGUUUUAUUUUACUGCAAUAUUUUUUAUUAAUAGUAUUUUUUCUUUAGUUUUUUUUAAGCAUUACACUCUUUUAAACGCCGAUUUCAGAGGUAUCUGCCCCUAUUUUGUUGGACUAUAUCACUGUGCUGUUGCAUUCUGGAUUCUGAUUGGACUGUACCAAACUAAGGGGACAGGGGGGAGGAAAGUGGAUAGAAGCUCAAAAUCUGUUUCCUAAGUAGUAAACAUGUGCUGCGACACAGCUAGAGCACAGACAAGUGAAAAGCACAACUAAUAGUGAAUGACUUUAGAUCUUUUGAUGUUUUCGAGCAUGAUUUCAGUGCAGAAUUUCAACUGUCAAAGCUUCAUGUACAUUGCUUUGUAAAAUCAAUCAAUCAAUCAAUCAAUCAAUCAAUCCUGAGGCUUUUUGAACUGCUUGUGAUAGCUGUUUUAAAAUCCUUGUAAAAAAAAGAAUGGUGAAUAGAAAUGCCUUAUAUAUUAUUAAAUAACUUUUGAAUUAAAAUGUCUUUUUUGGCAGCUGGUUUAUACAUCUGUAACAUUUUAGAGCUUUGCUUAAUUAUAAGAUAAAUAUUUUUCUAACCGGAAUGGCCCGAAGACAUUACAAUUACAUCUACGUACUUGGUUGAUGAUUAUUAAUAAAAGAAACAAGCUGUGUGAAAUAUUCUCCAGAGUCGUUAAUGUACAAGUGUUUCUGUGUGUCUACACUCAUCGUGACGAAUUAAAAAAAUUCAGA